AUGCACUGCUGCUGUCGAUUCGAGUCUUGGAGGGCGAGCGAGAUCCAGGUGGAAGAUGGACAUAUACCAACCACGGCCGCAAGCUGCUCUAGACAGAUGAUGAUGAAGAUUACAUCAUUGGCGGCACUUCUUUUACUCGGUGGGAGUGCCGCCCAGACUGCUACCGUUGGCAGCUGCUCCGACUGGCCUUCCACGAUCACGACGGACACCGUGCUUGAACUGACCGCUGCUGAGGUGCGGUAG